UCCAGAACGAGAGGUCGACGCGGCUCGCGGCGGCGAAGGCGGCUUCUGUGGUGGCAGCAUGAAGCGUACCCAGACGGCGGAGGAACGAGAGCGCGAAGCUAAGAAACUGAGGCUUCUUGAGGAGCUUGAAGACACUUGGCUUCCUUACCUGACCCCCAAAGAUGAUGAAUUCUACCAGCAGUGGCAGCUGAAAUAUCCUAAACUGAUUCUUCGGGAAGCUGGCAGUGUGUCGGAAGAGCUCCACAAAGAGGUUCCUGAAGCCUUUUUCACCCUGCACAAGCAUGGCUGCUUAUUUCGGGACCUGGUGAGGAUUCAAGGCAAAGAUCUGCUCACUCCAGUAUCACGCAUCCUCAUUGGGAAUCCAGGCUACACCUACAAGUACCUCAACACCAGGCUCUUUACAGUGCCCUGGCCUGUGAAGGGCUCUAACAUAAACUAUACUGAAGCUGAGAUUGAGGCAGCUUGCCAGACCUUCCUUAAGCUCAAUGACUAUCUGCAGGUAGAGACCAUCCAGGCUUUGGAAGAACUUGCUGUCAAAGAGAAGGCCAAUGAAGAUGAUGUGCCAAUAUGCAUGGCAGAGUUUCCUAGAGCUGGCAUGGGGUCAUCCUAUGAUGAUGAUGUGGACAUUAAGAGCAGAGCAGCAUAUAAUGUGACUUUGUUGAAUUUCAUGGAUCCUCAGAAAAUGCCAUACCUGAAAGACGAGCCUUAUUUUGGCAUGGGGAAAAUGGCGGUGAGCUGGCAUCAUGAUGAAAACCUGGUGGACAGGUCAGCAGUGGCGGUGUACAGUUAUAGCUGUGAAGAUUCUGAAGAAGAAAGUGAGGAUGAUUCUAAUCUUGAAGGCAGAGAUCCUGAUACUUGGCACAUUGGUUUUAAGAUCUCAUGGGACAUAGAGACACCUGGUUUGGCAAUACCCCUUCAUCAAGGAGACUGCUAUUUUAUGCUUGAUGAUCUCAAUGCCACCCACCAACACUGUGUUUUGGCUGGUUCCCAACCUCGGUUUAGUUCCACCCACCGAGUGGCAGAGUGUUCCACAGGAACCUUGGAUUAUAUUUUGCAGCGCUGUCAGUUGGCUCUGCAGAAUGUCCGUGAUGAUGUGGACAAUGGAGAUGUCUCUCUGAAAUCCUUCGAGCCUGCAGUUUUGAAAAAAGGAGAAGAGAUUCACAAUGAGGUCGAGUUUGAGUGGCUGAGACAGUUUUGGUUUCAGGGCAAUCGAUACAGAAAAUGCACUGAUUGGUGGUGUGAACCCAUGGAGCAGCUGGAGGGACUGUGGAAGAAGAUGGAAGGUGUGACAAAUGCUGUGCUUCAUGAAGUGAAAAGAGAGGGGCUCCCCAUGGAACAAAGGAGUGAAAUCCUGACUGCCAUCCUGGCCUUGCUCACCACACGCCAGAACCUGAGGAGGGAAUGGCAUGCCAGGGCAGCAGCAUAUGGCAAGGGGGUGGAUAUGAGAACUGUGGUCCAAACCCCUGUUAUCUUAGAUGAGCCAUUUAUCCUCCUUGACCUUCAGUUUCUUCUUGUGUAAAGUCAGAAGAAUGAUACUAACCUUAUAUUACAGAAUACUUUUGAGAUUUAAUGAGGUUGUGUAUUUAAGUAUUUAACAAAUCUUGCGUAUCCUGACUGAGUUAAUUUUGCUGUUUAACUGUGGCCCUACCUUAUUCAGGAGAAUCCACUACCAUUAUUAAAAUAACUAAAGGCAUAGUACUGUUUGUUUUGGAGUAUUCUGUGUAGAAUUUCCCCAGUGAAAACAGCUAAUGGUGACAGAAUGCCAGGGGGCACUGUUCCUAUUGUGCUGAAUAAAUGGCACCACUGGAAACACAAUUUUAAAUACUAAAAUCAAUGAGUGUGAGUAAGAUUCCAAGCAGCUGCCUUUGAGACUUCUGAUUUGGAACUCAGUUUUGAAAUGGCUGCUUUCUCAGUAUACUACAUUUUAAUACUUAGUGUAGAUCUUUCUCUAUUAGCAAGAUUUUAUUAUUAUUAUUUUAUUUUAUUUUUGCUGACCAUGGUUUCAGUUGUUCUGGAGAACAACUGCCUUUCCAAAGCUCCUUAAAGCAAAUUUUGUAUUUGUCAUUAGCCUAGAUUUAGAGUGGGAGCAAGCCAAGAAUGGGCUCAAGUUCAGUGACCAUCUUUGCUGUGUCAUGUAUGUGUGAUGCAAUCAAUGGAAAGAAAGUAAAUUUUAUGUAGAUUAUCUGUGCCCUCAGUGUAGGGCUUUCGUGCCUUCUGCCAUGUCAAAUGACCUAAACCUUUCCCAAAAGCCACCCAGGAAAACAUAUGAUACCAUUUGCAAUGGUAGAAUGUCUCAUGCUGUUUUUCUGUAAUUAUAAUGGCCUGAUCUAUGCAGGGUGGUUGAGUCUUACUUAACAACCAUUAAUCUACUGAGCCUCAGUAUCAGCAUCCCAUCUUGAGGAGCAGCAGUACUUGGCUGGAAGAGUAGAGCUUUGAUUUCAUUGUAAUAAGGACAGCUUUGUUAAAAUUCUACUGCUCGGUGGUGCCUAAGGAUUUGGAGAAGGAGAGGUUUUAUCAUUUUUUUUUCUUUUUCUGUUUUUUGCAUGGUGAGAUGAAUUGUCUCUCUCUCUCCCAUCCCCUAGGUUACUGUUUAUGCUCUCCCUUGAUCUCCUGCUUGUCCCUUUAUUUCCCCACGUUGUGAAAGUUUCUUUCUGUGUGACCAGGAAUCUGUUUAGCAGACCAUAUUGUGAGUGAAGGGCCAGCGUUUGUUGCCUGAUUUUGGCAUCGCUGGGCAGUCAGCUGGGAUGUAAUUAAGACUCUGAGAACAGGCUGUCUUCUCCACGGGAAGGGCAUGUUAGAUGGUGCUGGGAUUUGGGGCUGUCAGUUUGGCCAAAGCUGGAGACGGAGAGCUAGGGACAGAGAUAUUUCCUUUCAUUUAUAAUCCCUUUAUGUACAGUGUAUGCACUUGGCCAAGUAUACAUGUAACCUAGUAGCUAGAGUUUACAAGCCAGCGUAGUGAAAUUAGCAUAUGUUACAUGUAUAUUUUAGUAAUAUUUUAAAGCAAGUGCAUAUUUCCAAAGUGAAUUAUGCAUGGAUGACAGCAAUAGGGUUGUGUUGCACUGGGUGUCAAAUCCCACAACUUUUUGUCAGGACUGUGGAUUUUACACUAAAAAGGCAGAAAGACUAAACGAAGUAAAACAGUUUUAAUUUUUAACAGUUUGGUUCGGCCCAAGGAGCCAGACUGUGACAGAUAUAACUGACAUUUGAAUAAUUGGAUUAAUUUAGAGAAGGGCAAAUCCGGUUUUGACGGUUGUGCUAUGUGUAUGUCUUUUUUUUUUUUUUUUUAAUCUGUAGGAGUGGAGCUGUGUGGGCUAAAUAUGCACUUUAUGUGAUGCCAGGCCAACCUUGAAGACCUGCUUCAAAAUCUGGAAAAUGACCAUUUCAUUAGUUUGUUUAAAUAUAUCUUGUAUUGACCUAGUAUCAUGCAUUUCUCAUGUGUUGUAUGAAAGAAACUCACCAUGUAUACUUUGUCUAACUUUACCCCAACAUACACAUUUACACACACAC